CAGUAAAGUUUCUCUGGAUCCUGUGUGUGCAAAGUGUUGGCUUGAGACUUGAGCUGUGAGAGAGCCGGAGCUACGUUUUAAAUAAAGGAGAAAUAACGACAUUGAGGUGAAACUAGUGUCUAAACGGAAGAGCUGUGACAACACAAGGAUUUUAAAGGAUAAACGCAGGGGUGGAGAGAAAGAAGCAAGGGGAUUGUUAACAGAAAGCUGUGACGUCGCAUAACCGUCUGCAAAAAGCUGCCCCUGCCCCUUUUAAGGUGCCUUUACCAUGGAGACGCCAAAAGAAUCAUACACUUUACAGUAAGCCAGAGGAAAAACACCUUGUUAAAGUUGCAUUGCCUGACUUUCUGCACCACUAUUUUAAACAUAAGACGGCGGUAACCCUGCACAGCCAUGCAUCUAGAAGUGAAGGUUGCCCUCAACUUUAUCGUGUCCUACCUGUACAACAAGCUGCCUCGGCGUCGAGCUGACCUGUUUGGCGAGGAGCUGGAGAGGAUACUGGUGUCUCGUUUUGAGGGUCACUGGUACCCUGAAGCCCCACUCCGGGGUUCUGCUUUUCGCUGCAUUCACCUGGGAGCACCGAGGGACCCCGUGGUUGAGUUGGCCGCCAAGAGGAGUGGACUGGACACCGAAGAGGUCCGUGCAAAUGUUCCUGCAGAGCUCAGUGUGUGGAUCGACCCUUAUGAGGUGUCUUACCAGAUCGGAGAGAAAGGGGCCGUAAAGGUGCUCUACCUGGAGGACCCUCCAGGCCUCAGCUGUGACAGUGAGAGGGCUGAGGCGGUGAUAAGAGAGGGCAACGGAGAUACAGAGGUGGAAGAAGCCAAGAAUUUGGGCUUCAACCCAGAUGCUCAGGUGUUUGUGCCAAUCGGAAGUCAAGCAUCUCCCGCUCUCAUGCCAUCACACUCCAGCUCUCCCACACCUCUAUCUGCCCAAUCAUGCUCCGGGCUCUUUAGCUACCCCAGCUCGACCACGCCCCCUGACCCUGCUGCCCACUCCUCCAACACCUCCACCCCUUCCCCUCCAAGCGGCGGGCUGCCCUACCUCUCUGCUCAGCACCCUCCCACUGCUCUCCCCGCUGCUCGCCCUCAACCCAUCACUUUCACCACCGCCAGCUUUGCCGCCACUAAAUUCGGCUCAACCAAGAUGAAGAAGUGCAGUGGCACAGGGUCGCCAGCCAGCUCUGGAGUUGUCAUACCAUCUACCCAGAGGGUUAUGUCCCGCUCUCCUACCAACAUCUCAACACCAGAGCUACUCAAGCACAAGCCGCUUUCUCUCUCUUUGCACUCCCUCGGUGGUCCCAUCCCCAGCCAGCUCUCUCCCAACGCCAAAGAAUUUGUCUACCCAGGAUCCCCAGGCCCCCUUUACUUCGAAGCUGACGCUCAGCCCAUGCAACCUCAUACCAGCCCUUUCCAGCCCCCCCACACUGUCAACACCCAUCCGUCUUUUGACCCCUUCUCCAGCCCACCUCCAGCCCCGGGUGUGGGCAUCAUCAGCAGCAAUGGCGGGAUCUCUUACAUGGAGAAGCCACCAUUUGUGGAGGGUUUAGGAAGCUACAACCUGCAAUAUCCCAGCCAGUCCUUCCAGCCCGUUGUGCUGGCCAACUAAGCCUUCAUUUGUAAUGAGAAGAGUCGUUAUUGGAGGAGUUGGGUGUGAGCACAGUGAUGCUCCUGAUGUGUGAUUUUUUUUCUAAGACAUUGUUCUAAUACUAAUACAAGUUAAGAGUUUGUUUUACUACGAAGAUUUAAAAAAAACAAAAAAAAAACAGCAACCCACAUUCACUGAAUAUUUCAUGUGAUUUGUUUUGUUUCUCCUCAACCGCCGACCCCACCCUGCCCCCAUUGUCCAUUGCUGUUGUUCGUCAUGUCCCGUGUGUUGGCUUUGAAGGUGUGGGUGGGGUUGAGUUCCAAGUCUUUUUCAGUCUCUAAUGUUUAUUGUUUUGCAUUGAAUGUUAAUGUGGGAGACUUUUUUUUUUUGUCUUGACUUGUAGUCUAAUGGACCAGGCUUUUGUAUAGCACCAUUUUGCACUGCACUGUCAUGCUGUGGAAAAGGACCUUGCCAAGUCCUGCAGGGAAUGAUGGCUGUGGAAAGCUCAGCACUUUGCACUGCAAUCUGCUCUGCCCUACUUGCCACAAAUACAGCGAGAGGGGGCUCUGCUGUCUGUGUGUGUGCACUUCUGUUUUGUUGUGGCUCAGCGUGAUCAGGAGAACCACUGAUUAUACGUUGGGCCCAUUACCCUUGAAACGCACUCGUGCACAGGCACAUUUUGAGUUGUUUGUCGGCCGGCGUGUGUUGAAAGCAGUUUAUUGCCAGCUGGAGUGUGUACAUGACGAGGGUUCAGAUGAAGUUAGAGCAGAGCAGGGAGCAGAGGGGGAGCGUUGCUAUGUUAAGGCAGAGCUGUAGAAGAAUGUAAUGUACCUGACAGGGGAAAUCUUGAAGAAUGUGAAUGACAAAUUCAUUAUUUUUUUUUUCUAUUUUAAAGAUGCCAACUAAUUGCUGAUACCUCACUUGUACGCACACGGAUGCAAGUUAUAGUUAAAUGUGGGUUCGAAUGGACAGACCUGCGCACGUGCACACACACGCAUUCAGAAAUAUAAAUGUUCCCAUACACACAAUUCCAGUCAGCAGUGUUUGAAGGUGAACAGGAAGAGAAGGUGACGAGGGGGAGGGGGAUGCAGCAGCUAAGCAGCAGGGAUUGUGAUAAAUGGCUUAGCAUGACUUUGACUAUGAAGGAGAGGUUUUCCUCUGCAUGAGAGAAGAGCGGGGAAGAUGGAAGGAAAUGAGAGAGUGAGAGAGCGGAGCAGCAAGAGGUUUGCGUUGCCUCAGUCGGGUCCAGAGCUUAGAGAGCGACACUUUAAAACCCAGAGCACGUUUAUGUGAGCUUAAAUGGUAUCGAAGCCAGAGGCUCACACUACUCUCUUCCUCCUCUUGAAAUUCCUCAGUGAUCACUGCUUUUCUGGCUGCUACCAAGGCAAAACCAGAUCAUACAGCUGAGGUUGCUCUGUCGGUCUGCCCCCCCCAUUUGCAGUAAUAUAGAAAACUGAAUGUUCUUUAUUGAUGUGAGGCUUUAGUUGCUUUAUUGGUAACCUUGUCAAAUCACUGGAGGUGUGUUGUUUCUAAUGUCUGUUUACCGGUUAGGUUCCCCACGUCCAGCAUUUUUUCACUGGGUUUCUGAUGCGGUGUGUCGCCCACAGACAUGAGCACAAAACCAUUCCUUUGCCCUGUGUUCGGUUAAGACGCGUUCGUUUCGGCGGUCACGAAAUGCUUUAGAGAUUCAAGCUAAAUUUGUAUUCAUCUGCGUCUCGAGUGGAGAUGCUCCGUCCUGUGUGUUUAUUUGAAUGUUUUCUAGACUUGCCUCCAUAAAUGUUUUUUUUGUAAGACCUAAGGACCCUUGACUUGUGCUCAUGUCAGUAUCGCGAUGUCAUGGCGUGUCAUAUGCAUGUAAAUUGUCCCUUUCUUUUCCCGAGGGGUUAUGUGGGGAGGUUCAUAUCUCAGUUAAUCUAACUGUGAAGCAAAGAUGCUUUUCUAAUUUUUGUGUCAUUUAUUUUCAAUAUUUCUAUACAUUUUUAUUUUUUUUGUUUGUUUUUUGCAAAUGAUCACUUGCAUUUGUAUGAAGAAGACGUGACUGCAGUCCAGGAAUAUGUACAUAGAAAAAUUUCUUAUGUUGAGAUUUUGUUUAGUUUCUUACAUGCUGAAGUUAUUUUUUCAGAAAAAUAACAGGAAUAUAUGCAAACCGAGACAAAAAAUAAAGGUGUACAGAUUAAAGUAUUGAAUGUUUAUUCUAUCUUGUCAGUAUUUGUCUAAUAAGACGGGUAAAUGAAUUAAUUCUUCAAGUUGGAGUUGCAGUUUCAGGCGUGAAUGUUUACAGUAGGUUUGUGUAGGAAAAGGUGACUGAUAUCACAUUGUCUGUGCUCCCAGGGCAGUUUCCCCACAGGCAGUACAUUUAAACCAAAAAUAUCCACAUUUCACGUUCAUUUGAGUGCAAUAUCCAUCUCCCCCAUCUUUAUGUGAAGUCAACUGCAUUUCUUCAAGAGAUGUAAUGUAUAAAUAGAAGUAUAAAAUGUCCACUUUUUACUCGCAAACAAUCCUGUUUUCUACCAAAACAACGCCUAUAUUUACCUUGCUCAUAUUCUACUCCCCAAGAAACCUAACAUUAUCUCACCUUUCUAUUAAGCCAGUCAUCUUCUCCCUAUCAGCCUGGUCCUUUGGUCCUGAUACUAUAGCCAUAUCCCAGAUUGUCUUUGCUCUCACAGAUGCUCAUCCUUCUCUAGUGCAAUGUAAUGCCAUAUGUUAAAUGACCCUGAAAGAUACAAGGGGUUCCUACCUCUCUGCACCCUGGAAACAAAUGCGUGUGUA